AUGCAAUUGGACGCACCACAAGUUUACGAUGUAAUUGUUGUGGGAGGAGGGAAUGCAGCCUUGUGUGCAGCCUUGUCUGCCCACAAGGCCGGAGCAACCGUUGUGAUCCUUGAAGCAGCGUCCCGGGAAGAGCGCGGAGGGAACAGUCGCUUUGCGGGCACAGCCUUCAGAGCACCCCAUCAAGGUUUGGCUCAUGUCAAGACGGUUCUAUGCGAACAGGCACUCGAAGAUGCUGAACGCUGUUCCAUGUCGCCCUACACUCCUGAAGACUACCGAAAUGACCUCCAGUCGACUUCGCACGGUCGUAAUGAUCCACUCAUGUCCGAGAUCAUGAUCCAGGAUGCCUGGGAGACGAUCGAAUGGAUGAAAGACAAAGGAGUUCGCUGGGAAACGACCUUGCGCAAGUACUACAACAUCGAGACGCAGAAGGGAAUCAUCAUCGAUCUGAUGAGCGGCGCUCCAGUGAAGGUUGUUGGUGACGGGGAGGGUCUUAUUCGAGACUUGUACAACGCCGUAGAGAAUGCGAGCAUACCUGUCAGGUAUGACUGCCCGGCACAUGAGCUCCUCACAUCGGGAGACACCGUCUACGGCGUCAGGACUAGACAAACGGACAAGUACGUCGACUUCUACGGCCAGGUUCUUCUGGCAUGUGGGGGGUUUUCGGCCAAUCCAGCAAUGAGGAGACAAUACCUUGGUGAAGGCUGGGACUUGGUACCUGUUCGUGGCACCAGACACAACACAGGGACCAUGCUCCGCCGUGCGGUGGAAGCCGGGGCACGACCGGUGGGACAUUGGGGGGCAGCUCAUGCUUCACCACAGGACAUCGACGCCCCUCUGACCGGAGACAUCACCAAGACGCCGGUGAUACCCCGUUAUUCCUACACUUACGGUAUCAGCGUCAACGUGGAGGGGAAGCGAUUCUUCGAUGAAGGUGAAGCUGAGUUUGGGCUGACCUACGCGAAGAUCGGAAAGAUGAUAGGAGAUCAGCCUCGCGCGAUUGCGUACCAGAUCUUCGAUCAAAAGACCAUUUACCUCCUCCAAACGCGAUAUUCCUCGGGGAGGCCCAUCGUGGCCGACACCAUCCGAGAGUUGGCGACCAAGCUGGAUGUCAACCCAACUGUCCUGGAGAGAACGGUGCAAGAAUUUAACGCUGCGUGCCCCGGUGCUGAUAUAGGCCACUUUGACCCGCAUCACCUGGACGGUCUUUGCACCUCUUCAUCACUGGCGAUCCCCAAAUCGAACUGGGCGCUGCGCCUGGAGAGAGGUCCCUUUGUGGCUUACGGUGUGACCUGCGGCAUCACCUUUACCUACGGAGGGAUUGCCUCUGAUGACAAGGCUAGAGUGUUGAACAAUGAAGGCAAGGCCAUGCCAGGUCUUUAUUGCGCAGGUGAAAUAGCUGGCGGCGUCUUCUAUCACAAUUACGCUGGCGGCGCAGGUCUGACCAAAGGUGCCGUAUUCGGACGAAUCGCUGGCCGUGAGGCAGCUUUGCGUGCGAAGGGUGCAGGUGGCGAGGCCGCACGCUUUCGGCCUUGCAAGAUGGAGGCAGCUAUAUCUUCACGUCGUACAGCGUAGUUGAUUCUCCGACUACCAAU